GUCAAUCAAGCCAUUAGUAUAUAUUCCUUGAAGUCGUUCGUAAGGUGAGCUACUAGCUAUUCUCAAAGUGUAGAAAAUGCAGCCUAUCAUCAUAGUCCACGGUGGAGCUGGUGAUAUUCCCACAAGUCGCGUACAAGGUAAAUUGGAUGGUAUUAGAGUAGCAGUCCGGGCGGGUUAUGAAGUCCUAAAGAAAGGCGGAACGUCUUUGGAUGCUGUGGAGGCUGCGGUCGUUGCUAUGGAGAAAGACGAGAAUUUUAACGCCGGAUAUGGUUCCGUGUUAAACCUUCGAGGUGAAGUGGAAAUGGAAGCCAGUAUCAUGAGCGGUACAAAACUCGACGUCGGCGCAGUAACUCUUAUAAAGGACUUCCUACAUCCCAUAAGUAUUGCUCAUAAAGUUUUAACGGAUUCUCCACAUUCUCUGUUAGGUGGUGAAGGAGCGAAAUUGUUUGCUUUGGAGAAGGGAUUUAAAACAGUGCCUCCGGAGUCAUUAAUUAGUGAAAAUGCUAAAAAUGCUUUAGAUAAGUUUUUGAAACAUGGUGAAUUUGGAAGAACUGAAAUUGGGACAAAAGAUGAGGGUGGAGUGGGCACAGUUGGUGCAGUGGCUAUAGAUGCGAAUGGCCACGUGGCGGUAGCCACCAGUACAGGAGGUAUGAGUGGAAAAGCUGUGGGCAGGAUUGGAGACACACCGCAAAUUGGGAGCGGUACUUACGCGGACGAUAACAUUGGCGGAGUUUCUACAACUGGACACGGUGAAUCGAUCCUGAAGUACUGCGUAGCUCAUGCUAUUGUUAAGUUAAUGGAAAAUGGCCUUGACGCCUGUACCGCUACUACGAAUGCUAUUAAUGGGAUGACGUCAAGAUUGAAUAACACUGCUGGUGCUAUUAGCCUAUCCAACAAGGGGGACGUGGGAGUCCAUUUUAGUUCUAACAGGAUGGCGUGGGCUUACGUGAAAAACAAUAAAGUAAUUUAUGGAAUAGAUCAAGGGCAAGUUUUGGAGGAAUCUUAUGAUGAAAAGAAGAAUUAAACAGUACUCACUAACAUUUUAAAGUACAUUUUAUACAUUUUUAUAAUUAGUUAAAUAGAAGAGAAAAGGUUAUACCUAUAUGGUUAGUUAUGGUUAUUCCUAGCUGAAGACUGUGUAAAGGAAUAAUUAUGUCCUAAAGUGAAAAGAGUGUAACAUUUAGUGAAAAGAUGAAAAACAUAAUAUUAAUUUAUCAUUGUCAAACAUGUAUCUACGUUACCUAAUUUCAUAGUUAAUAGUCGAAUUGCAAUAAACGAUAUUGGUAAUGAAAUA